CUAAUUUCCUAAAUAAAAUAUCACUUCAUACAUUGCUCGACACCAUCCAUCUGAACCCAGUCUAGACCUUGAAGGCAACCCCGCAAUGGCAGCAAAAACAAUGCAAGCAGUGGUCUUUAAAGACAAGUUGAAAGUUGAAAUUGAACAGCGACCUAUUCCUCAAAUUCAAGACCCGACCGAUGUAAUUGUAAAAGUGCGGUAUACCGCGUUAUGCGGAAGCGAACUUCAUGUCUUUCGGGGUCAUCAACCGUCGCCAACAGGAUUUAUCAUGGGUCAUGAAUUCACAGGCGAGAUCUCAGAGGUCGGUCCGGGGGUAAAAACUCUUGCAGUUGGCGAUCAAAUCGUCGCACCCUUCACCCUCAGUUGUGGCGAGUGUUUCUUUUGCAAGCGUGGCUUCUCCUCGCGAUGCUCUUUGUGCAAACUCUUUGGAACCACCGCGCUGGAUGGUGGCCAGGCCGAAUAUGUUCGCAUCCCUCUUGCCGACUCAACGAUCGUCAAGGCUCCCCCUCAGAUCGAUGAGAAGAAGCUCGUCCUCAUGGCAGAUAUUUUCCCCACUGGGUAUUUUGCAGCCUCGAAUGCUUUCAAGGCGUUGAAUAAAGAAGAAAUCAGCGAUAGCGUGGUUUGCCUCUUCGGGCUCGGCCCAGUGGGUAUAUGUGCUUUGGUCAGCGCCCUGACCUACAAACCCAAGAAAAUCAUUGCCAUCGACAGCGUCAAGGAAAGACUAGAACUGGCUGAGAGUCUCGGCGCCGAACCCUGGAAUUUCCAAACUCAAAAAGAGGGUCUGCAAAACAGAGUCAAGGAAUUGACAGAUGGGAGGGGCGCCGAUGUUGUUAUCGAAGUGGUUGGGCACAGUUCAGCUCUCGAGCUUGGCUUUGAGCUGUUGCGCCCAUGGGGAACGAUCUCAAGUGUUGGUGUCCACAACGGCUCUAUCCCAUGGAGCGGGAACCAGGCGUAUGGGAAGAACUUGAGGAUUCAGAUGGGGAGAUGCCCUGUCAGAAGUAUUUUCGAGGACGCACUAGCACUUUUGGCCGAGAAACAGGACAGCUUGGACUUUAUGGUCGGCGACAUCAGACCACUUUCGCAAGCCGUGCAAGCCUAUGACGAUUUCAAUCAAAUGAAGACACAAAAGGUGAUUUUUGACGCCGCCAGCUGAUUCGGAUAGAUCUGGGAAUGUCACUGGAUGGUGGCUAGUUAAUGGGACAUUAAUGGCCAGAAUGUUCAAAUUGAGGCUUUCCUUGACCAUAUCUUAAAUACCUAUAGUACGAACUUGGUCCUGUCCCAUGGAUGCGUACAUUAUAUCGAGGGAAAACCCAACGACCUGUACAUAACUUGAAACACUUGAAACAACCGAGCUGGAGGCCAUGGAAUACAGGAGGAGAAUUGAUGAUAUGCUCCGCGUUAGUUGAUUCAGGCAAGCAAAGAGGUCACAUGUGCAGUAUAGGCUUCAGCUC